GCCUUCUCUCCUCAGCCCAGGACAUCUGUUUGAGUGAAGAGUUCUUGCAACGAAAGGAGAAAUAUUUCCUGUGCCCAAGGAGAAAACCCUUCAUGUUCAACUCCUGGCUCUAAUAUUGAACAUUAACCAUACCAGGCUUCUGAUUAUCUCCAGUCCAGUACAUAUGAAUCAACUCCAUGGCAAGGACCAAUAAUGUGACUGAGUUAAUUAUCACCGGUCUUUUCCAGGAUCCAGAGAUGGUUGUUAUCUGGCCACUGAAAUACGGUUCAAUCCAAAUCCAGUUCAUCGUCUGCUUUUGCUAUCACACACCCAAAUUCCUGCCUCCUGGUGGCGACAUCAUGGCUAACACACACAAUGUGACAGAAUUCAUUUUCCUGGGACUUUCUUCCAAUCCAGAGGUGCAGAAAGUCUGCUUUGUGAUGUUUCUGCUCCUGUACACAGCCAUUGUGCUGGGGAAUUUCCUCAUCGUCCUCACUGUCAUGAGCAGCAGAAGCCUUGGCUCCCCCAUGUACUUCUUCCUGAGCUACCUGUCCUUUGUGGAGAUCUGCUACGCCUCGACGACAGCCCCCAGACUCAUCUCAGAUCUGCUGGCUGAGAGGAAAGCCAUACCUCUGUGGGGCUGCAUGUCACAAGUUUUCUUUAUCCACUUGUUUGGUGGCACUGAGAUUUUCCUGCUCACUGUGAUGGCCUAUGACCGCUACGUGGCCAUCUGCAAGCCUCUCAGCUACACCACCAUCAUGAGCCGGCAGGCGUGUGCCUUCCUGGUGGGUGCAGCAUUGGUGGGGGGCUUUGUGCAUUCCUUGGCCCAAAUCCUUCUCAUCUUCCGCUUGCCCUUCUGUGGCCCCAAUGUGAUCGACCACUAUUUCUGUGACGUGCUUCCCCUGCUCAAACUUGCCUGCUCUGACACCAUCCUCAUUGGUCUUCUGAUCGUUGCUAAUGGGGGGACCCUGUCUGUGAUCAGUUUCGUGGUCCUCUUAGCCUCCUAUGUGGUCAUCUUGCUCCAUCUGAGGACUCGGAGCUCCGCGGGGCGGCGCAAGGCCCUGUCCACCUGUGGGGCCCACUUCACUGUGGUUACCUUGUUCUUUGGGCCCUGCAUCUUCAUCUAUCUGAGACCUUCUACCACGCUGUCUGCGGACAAGACGGUUGCCGUGUUCUACACGGUGAUCACCCCACUGCUCAACCCUGUCAUCUACUCCCUGAGAAAUGCUGAAGUGAAGAAGGCCGUGAAGAGGCUGUGGGUCAGAGCAAUGAAGCUAGAAGAGAGGUAGAGGAUGAGCCUUGGUGUUGAUCCUCGGGCUUAGAACGAUGCUAAGACCAGCAUUUAAAAAU